AUGCUCGAGUUUCGCACCCAAGGCUUCAACGGAUACGGCGUGAAAUAUUCCCCCUUCUUUGACUCGCGUAUUGCCGUGUCAGCAGCUGCAAAUUUCGGACUUGUUGGAAAUGGCCGUCUCUACAUACUCGGUCUAACACCAAACGGCAUAGUCGCAGAAAAAUGGUACGAUACUCAAGACUGUCUUUUCGACACCGCAUGGUCUGAGGCGCAUGAGAAUCAAAUAGUGGUUGCAUCGGGCGACGGUGCUGUCAAGCUCUUUGACCUUAAUCUGGAUAAUUUCCCUGUGCAAUCAUGGCACGAGCACAAGCGCGAGGUAUUCUCCGUGCACUGGAAUCUUACUUCCAAAGAUACGUUCUGUUCAAGUUCGUGGGAUGGAACAGUUAAAAUUUGGAACCCCACGCGCCCGGCCUCAAUCCUCACCCUUCCCACGAACUCCUGCACCUACUCCGCCUCCUGGUCUCCUCAUUCACCGUUCCUCCUCUCAUGCGUCUCAUCUGACAGCCACCUACGGGUCUUCGACGUCCGCGCGCCCACGGUUAGCGGGACAACUAAUCAUCUCGUUUCCGCAACAUCAAUCCACAAUGCUCCUGCCGUAUCAAACACCCCAUAUGCAUGCACGAUUGAUGGACCAGGAUCACUACUCCCUCCCAUUCCACCCACAGUUCCACGUCUUGCAAAUGGGACUUUCCCGCCGUCUGAAUGCCUUACACACGACUGGAACAAAUACCGCGACACAAUUAUCGCGACAGGGGGUGUUGACAGGUUAAUCCGCACCUUCGACUUGCGCAUGCCGAGUCAAGGUCCAUUAGCAGUGUUGCCAGGACACGGAUAUGCCAUACGCAAGCUUGCGUGGAGUCCCCACCUUCCAGAUGUUUUGCUGAGCGCAAGUUACGAUAUGACGUGCCGUGUCUGGACGGAUGGAAUCGGGCUUGGCGUGGGCGGCCCUGGUGUAUCCAUGGGCAAAACCAGCGAAGUUGUACAAGGCCCGGCGAGAGAAAUGGGGCGUAUGGCGCGCCACACGGAAUUUGUGACGGGUGUAGAUUGGUGCUUGUUCGGCGCAGAAGGAUGGUGCGCUAGUUGUGGAUGGGACGAGAGACUGUUGGUAUGGGAUGUGAGAGCUAUUAUGGGGUGA